CGAUUUUCUUAUCAAAUUUCUAAAUUAUAUAUAUAUAUUACUAUAUAUCAUAUUUUUAAAGUACUCCAAAAUUUCAAGUAUUAUUCUUGUACCUUUCAUAUGGCACAAUGCCCAUGAGAAACCGGAUACGGAACUUGUUCAGGCGGAACAAACGAAAGCGCUUUGCAUCCGAAUACCAGGAACCCAAUGAUGAGAAUAGGGGCAAUGCCCAGGACACGGGCAGUGCAGAAGAGGAUAAGGAGGAGAACAAGGUGGAGAUUCUGCCGCCUCCAGCGAUGGAGGGUGAGAUGCCCACCUACUUCCACGUGGGUCUGCUGGCCAAGAUGUGCCUCACCCACGGCUACACCAUCGGACGCUGGAAGCUGCAGUGCACCUCGAAGACGGAGAAGGAAUUCUAUCUGAGCAGCUUCGGCGAGGGCUACCCGACCUGGAAAUCUGUCUACGGAGGACUGGAGGCGUACAAAGAGCAAGGCCCCUUUCACGCAUCCCUCUCCUGGUUGUCGGAUGGAGACCUGCUUUCAGAUCUUGGGGCACAUGGUAAUGCGCUGGGCGGGUCAUGGUCCGCCACAGUGAAGUCUAUGGUCAGCGCUGGUCAGACCGAUGGAUGCAAAUUUCAAUGCAAGCUGAAGUGCGGCUUCGAUCGAAAUCCUGGAAAAUUGCAAAUUUAUAUUCCCCUAUACAGGGAACCCCUAUUAAUGGGCUACAUUAUGCUGGAGCCGGCCAAAAACUAUUUGUUGGGCUACCGCACGGUGUUCAAUGUGGAGGAUAGGGACUUCAAUAUGCACGCCUUCUGCGGAGGAUUUAGCAACGAUAACACAGAAGUCGGACUGAAAGUGGAGAAUUUCGAGACGCUCCGAGGAUCGAUAUUCCAGCGCCUUGGCGAAAAGUGGGCUGUGGCAUUGAAGGCCAACCUGUAUGGAAACGUGAGUGCCAAGACCAUCACCAUUGGAGGUCAGUACGAAUGGGAACCUGGAACCCUGCUGAAGGCCAAGGUGCGAGGAGAUACACGCCUUGGGUUCAUCUUUCAGAGAAAACUGCGCGAAGACAUUGAAGUUCUCUUCCACGUUGGCUUCGAUGGAAGGGAUUCCAUUAAUGGGAAGCACAAGUUCGGCGCAUCCUGGUACUUUAAUGUGUAGGAUGGCUGGC